UGGUGUAUUUUUUGAUUAAUAAUUUUUUGUUAUUUUGGCAUUAUGAAAACGUUUUAAAGUUGGAAAACCAAGAACGACAACAAUAACAAUAAGAGGAUCUCUCUCCUGCGUCCUCCCUCCAUCCAUCCAUUUACCCAUCCAUCCAACAUCCUUCUCCCUUUAUCCUCAAAACACAACGCAAAUCUUAUGCAAAAUGUCUAGUCCUGACGAUAGAAUACCAAUACGUCAUGAUCUGCCAUCGGAAGCCGGAAAUGAUGAGCGCUUACUUCGCAUGUCAUCGGGCGUUUUGACUUUGGAUUAUAAGCCACAUCCAGCGGCUGAUAUCGAUCAGCAGAUCAUGGAGCUCAAAAAGAAUCAGGAAUUGCAAAAACAAAGGCUAUUUGACACAUUUCAGGAACAAACGAAACAAAUGGAACUGGAGCAUAAAUUGCAAUUGCAGCACAAAUAUCAAAUUGCGGUGCAUUCACAUGGCGCAUACCAGGAAUUGCGGGAACAACAUGAAACAAUGCCACAGCCUGUGAAUGUUGCCGAAGAGCAGCAACAUCAACAUCAUCGUCAACAGCAGCAGCAGCAGCAACAACAACAACGUGAACAACAACAACAACAACAACACCAGCAGCAGCAGCAACAACAACAACAACAACAGCAACAACACCAGCGGGAACAACAACGCGAUCGUCGUGAACGGGAAGUGAUGAAGCGUAAGGAGAAUUGUAGCGCCAAUGCCAGUCCCGAAGUCAAACAGCUUCUCAAUUACUUUAUUAUGAGUCGGAAAUCGCAGGCGGCUGCAUCGAAUGGCACAACAACAACAUCACCCUAUCGUAAUCGUGGCGUUGUCAAAAGCUCAUCAGGUGAAUCCUUGCCAGCGGGCACUGUGACCAGUGCGCAUCCUUAUAAAAUACCUCAACCGCCGCCACCAACACUGCUCAAAUAUGAUUCUGAUUUUCCACUCAGAAAGACAGCAUCCGAACCAAAUCUGCUGAAGAUACGCCUUAAACAGAGUGUUAUAGAGCGUAAGGCUAGGAUUGGCGGUCCAGCUGGAGCACGACGACAUGAACGCCUCUUGCAGGCGGCACAGCGUAGACAGCAAAAGAAUUCUGUUUUAACAAACUGCAAUAGCACACCUGAUUCGGGGCCAAACUCACCGCCAAAUAACUCGCAAUCCACUUUGGCUGUCGGCGUUGUUGGGAGUCGCGGCUCACCGACCAGUGCACCCAUACAGGAGGAGCACGAGGAGGAGGGCAUACAAUAUCAGCCGGGCCAACGGAGCAGUAUCAAUGAUUUGCCAUUGUUUAGUUCGCCAUCAUUGCCGAAUAUCUCACUGGGACGUCCGCAUUUACCCCAUACAAAUAGCAAUCAGGCACAAGCCGCUGCCGCCGCCACAGUCGCUCAGGCGGCAUCGGCGGCCCAUGUUAACUAUGCCAUGUUUGCUGCCCUCCAACAGCAUGUGGCAACUGGUGGCGGUGUCGGUGUCGGUGUCGGUGUUGGAGCCGCCCCACCCACAUACUAUAAUCCAUUGGGUCUGCCAUUUGGUAGACAACCACCAACGGCGGCAGCUGCAGCAGCGGCGGCGGCGGCGGCGGCGUCAGCUGGCCCAUUAGGAAUGAUGCCAGCCACGGGUAUUGCACCGCAACAACCAUCGCCAGUGGUGCGAUCCGCAUCGGCCACAUCCACAUCAUCGUCGCAGGCAUCGUUGGUGGGUGAUGUAGCGCCGCCGCAAGCCCAUGCCGCCUCCUCCAUACUGCCAUCAUCGUCGUCGUCGUAUCUGCAUGGCGGUCUGGCCAAUUCGACUGUUAAUCUCCAUGCCGCUGCCAUGGCUGCGGCGGCGGCAGCAGCUGGCACAUUGCCGCCCACAAAUAGCCAUGCCCUGUAUGCAGCUGCCGCGGCUGCUGUUGCUGCUAGUGGUGGUGGUGGUGGUGGUGGUGGUGCUGGUGGUAGUGGUAGUAGUGGUGCUGGUAGUGGUCAUCAUCCGCCACAUAGCACACCCAUAACAGAUUCCCAAGUGGCGCAAGUGCAUCUUCAUAAGCAGGGCCAUCGGCCAUUGGGCAGAACACAAUCAGCACCCCUGCCCCUGGGUCAUCCCAUGUUAACAGGUUCCAGUCAGUUGAGUGUGGUGCAAACUCACUACGAGAAUAGCGAGGCGGAACGUCAAGCAUAUGAGCACCAGGUGCUUACCCAGAAACUACGUCAAGCUGUUCUCACACGGAGCGGGGCCGUGGUACGGGAGCAGCCACAGCUCAAGGAGGAGGACGAUUCCUCAGCCGAGGUCAUGGACUUGACCGACAAAAAGAAACCGCCCAAAACAGUCCUAACCACAACUAUAGCCACUAGCACAUCUCAGAAUCUGCCCGAAGCGUUGGCGGCGGCCACAGCAGCGGCUGCGCUUACGGGUGGUUCCUCUGCCGCUAUUACCUGCCCGGUAGGUUAUCGAGCCGCUCCGAUUGGGGGCGGCAAAUCAGCUAGCAAAUCCCGCGAUCAGGAAUACCUGCAACAACAGCGGGAGUUGCUCUAUCUGCAGGAGGAGGAAUUGGCCAAAGUCGUGAUGCGUCCAUUGUCACGCACAUUGAGCAGUCCAUUGGUGCCAUUGGGGCCACAUGGUCUCAGCCAGAUACCAGACACUGGGCAACAGCCAACACCCAUAGCCACCUCAUCGUCGGCUGAUCACAUACCGCCCGUCAAUCUAUCCCUGCCACAUCGGCGUCAGUUUCUGGGCAGCGGUUCGGCUGCCACCGCCGCUGCCGCUGUCUAUGCGGCCCAGAUGCGUCAGCAGCAGCAACAACAUCCACAUCCUCAUACAUCGACUGCGGCCACAUCGCCGCCACUUUCCAGCAACAAUUCGACAUCCAACUCCAAGCACAAGAUCACCACUGGCCUGGCCUACGAUCCAUUGAUGUUGAAGCACAGCUGCAUCUGUGGCGACAACUCACUGCAUCCGGAGCACAGUGGACGUCUGCAGAGUGUUUGGGCGCGUCUUAACGAAACGGAUCUGGUGAAGCGUUGCGAUCGAUUGCGUGCCCGCAAGGCCACCCAGGAGGAACUGCAGACAGUCCACACAGAGGCUCAUGCCAUGCUCUUUGGCUCCAAUCAGUGUCAGCUGAGUCGUCCCAAGCUGGAGAGCGCCUUGUCCGCCAGUUUUGUGCGUCUAUCCUGCGGUGGAUUGGGUGUCGAUCUCGAUACCACAUGGAAUGAGCAUCAUACGGCCACUGCGGCCCGCAUGGCUGCCGGCUGUGUCAUUGAUUUGGCCUUUAAAACGGCCAAGGGCGAUUUACGCAAUGGUUUCGCUGUCGUCCGGCCACCCGGCCAUCACGCUGAGGCCAAUUUGGCCAUGGGCUUUUGUUUCUUUAAUUCGAUUGCCAUUGCCGCGAAGCUGCUGCGUCAGCGUUUGCCCGAAGUGAAACGCAUUCUGAUUGUGGAUUGGGAUGUUCAUCAUGGCAAUGGCACUCAGCAAGCAUUCUACCAAAGUCCCGACAUUCUAUACCUUUCCAUACAUCGCCACGAUGAUGGUAAUUUCUUUCCCGGCACAGGCGGUCCCACUGAGUGCGGCGCUGGUGCUGGUCUCGGCUUCAAUGUGAAUAUCUCAUGGUCUGGCGCCUUAAAUCCACCGCUGGGCGAUGCCGAAUAUAUUGCUGCAUUCCGUACCGUUGUGAUGCCCAUUGCCAAGUACUUUAAUCCGGAUAUUAUUCUUGUCUCAUCUGGUUUUGAUGCUGCAACCGGUCAUCCAGCUCCCCUCGGUGGCUAUCAUGUGUCGCCAGCUUGCUUUGGCUAUAUGACACGCGAAUUACUUCAAUUGGCCAAUGGCAAGGUGGUCCUGGCUCUUGAGGGUGGCUAUGAUCUGGCAGCCAUAUGUGAUUCGGCCCAAGAGUGUGUUCGCGCAUUGCUGGGCGAUCCAGCGGCACCCAUAGCCAAAACGGAGCUAGAACGACCGCCAUGUCAGAAUGCCAUCAAUACAUUGCAACGGACAAUAGCCAUCCAGCAAACACAUUGGCCCUGCGUACGAUUAUUGGAGCAUACAGUCGGACUCUCGGCCCUGGAUGCUCUCAAGAUUGAGCACGAUGAAUCUGAAACGGUCAACGCCAUGGCCGGUCUAUCUAUGCAGUCACUGCAUAGAACGCUCUCCCGCGAUGAUUCGGAGGAGCCGAUGGAUCAGGAUGAAACCAAAUAGGCUUAACCCCGACGCAAUCUGCUCAAUGUACAUUUAGUUAUUGUUGUGGUUUACAAACAAAAAUUUGUUGUUGUUCGUUGUCGUCGUCGUCGUCGUCGUUGUGCGCUUGAAUGGAUAUGAUGCACAGCAGCGCCCUCCAAUAUCUAUAGCUCCAUCCAGGAUUCAUUAACAAACUCUUCAGUGUUGUUGCUAUUGUCGUAUCUGUCGCCUAUAAUGCCAAUCAACUCUCUCUUCACAUUGUUAUACUCAAAACAAAACAAAACAAAAGAAAACAAAACAAAACUCACCCUACCACCUACUACUACUCCCCAUUCCCCAAAUUAAGCAUAAACACAAAUUGUACCAACGAAUGAGAGCCAGAGAGAAGAGAAGUGAAGUGAAGUGAAGAGAAAAGAGAGUGGAAAGAAUGAGUACAGAAGAGAAAUGUAGAAGAAUUAAGGCCUAAAGUUCAAAAUGUGGCUGGGCCACAAGCAAAAAACAAAAAAAAAACCAAAACGCAAAGAGAGAGAAGAAAGGAAA